CACCAUUGGCCUGAGCCCGAGAUAGCCGUUCUCCACGCAGGCUGCAUCGAAGUGCGGAAAACGAAAGUCUGCGAGGACUGCCGCCUGCGAGGGUCGAGCGAGUCCCCAAGACACAAUGCCGGACACGUACAGGGAUUCAGGCAGAGCAGGCCUGGAAGAUGACGAGGAGUUUGUGGAUAUACUGGAGGAGAGGAGGCGCAGCAGGGAUCUUGGCCUGGCCUUCCGGACCUUCACCCCCCACCCCUACAGAGGCGCCCUGUCCUGCUCCACGGCUGACCUCACCAAGGCCGUGCUGGACUCCCAGUAUCUACGCUACGUGGCCAAGGAGAUCGCCGCGGAGACGGGCUCGUCGGCGGAGGAGGUGAGAGAGGAGGCUCGCGGGAUUCUGGAGGAAAUGUCUCAGAACCUGCAGCUGGGGUUUAUCCGGCUGAUGGCCUACACGCUCACCAAGGUGUUCAAGAGGCUGUUCAGCAGCAUCUUUGUCAACGUGGAAGGACUCAACAGGCUCCAGCAUGCCGUUCAGGAGUCUCCCGUGAUCCUGAUGCCCAACCACAGGAGUUACGUGGACUUCCUGGCGAUCUCCUACGUCCUGUUCAUCUAUGACAUCCCCCUGCCCGUCAUUGCUGCUGGAAUUCCUCUUGCAGGGAUGAAGAUGGUCGGAGAGAUCCUGCGUCGCUCUGGAGCUUUCUUCAUCCGACGCGCCAUUGGCUCUGACAAGCUGUACUGGGCGGUACUGUCAGAAUACGUCAAAACCAUUGUCAGGAGAGGAUUUGCUCCUGUGGAGUUUUACGUGGAAGGCCUGCGGAGUCGCACGCUGAAGUCUUUGAUGCCCAAGUUAGGUAUGAUGCACAUGGUGCUGGAGCCCUACUUUAAAGGGGAGGUGUAUGACAUCACGUUGGUUCCCAUCAGCAUCAGCUACGACCGAGUGCUGGAGGAGUCUCUGCUCGCCCACGAGUUACUGGGUGUCCCCAAGCCCAAAGAAAGCACCACAGGCUUGCUGAAGGCUACCAAAGUGCUGCAGGAGGAUUACGGAAGCAUGCAUCUGAACUUUGGCCGUCCCCUGUCAGUCCGGCAGCUGUGCCAGGGCAAGAUAAACCGCUGCCACUACAACCUCAUACCAAGAGAUCUUCCUCAGAAGCCCACCGCAGAGGCCCAGGCCUGCGUGAGCUGGCUGGCUCAUCUGAUGGUACGAAUCCAAGAGGAGGGCUCUCUGAUCAGCCCCUGGUCUCUGAUGGCCUGCCUGUUGCUCCAGGCUCCAACCGCAGUCUUAUCAGAGGAGGGCCUGCCGUGGCAUCAGCUCACGGAUAAAACCCUCUGGCUCAGGAAGCUGGCGCUGGACUUCGGGGCUCGGUUGAACUGGCCUGGUCAAGUCCCUGACUCGGACGUGAUGUCAUCCGCCGCGGCUCUUCAUCGAGCCGUGGUUCACCGCAAGGCGGGACGCGUCUACCUGGUCCAGGAGGAGGAGCCCGCCAGGAGGCAUCCGAUCGGCCCGGAGGAGGGCGUGACCAGGACGGCAGCGGCCGCGCUGAUGCUGGCUUCCUACAGGAAUCAGUCCGUGCACGUUUUCGUGCGUCCCGCCAUGCUCGCAAUGGCCAUGCGUGUCACAAGGGCCACACAGAGAGACGAGCUCUUCACCUUCUUCUGCUUCCUACAGGACGUCCUCUCCAAUGAAUUCAUCUUCAUCCCCGGGAGGUCGUCUCAGGACUUUGAGGACGCCUGCUCCCUCCUGAAGAAAUGUGGAGCGGUCCACCUCAGUCAGCAGGAAGUGACGGUGUCGGACGCGGGGCCGGAGGUGUUAUCCUUCCUGUGGGCCCUCAUUCAACCCUUCGUAGACUCCUAUCAGUUGAUGUUCAGGUACCUGUGUGAAGACGAGGUUCACGUGUUCUCUGAGAAGCAGUUCCUGACGGCGGUGCGGAACUUGUCCACGAAGCUCAUCCUUUCAGGCGAGCUUCACACCUAUGAGGCCCUUUCGUCCGACAUGCAGAAGAACGUUUUGUCGGCUCUGCGGAGGCUGGACGCGGUGACAAAGUUGAGGCCAUCUGAGCAAAACGAAUACAGAGUGAACAAAGCAGUUGUCGGGAGAAUCGCGGACAUGCUCUCUGGGAAAAUCCCUCCCCAGAUGCUCCAGACUACACCUGACGCAAGACUUUAGUCUCCAUUGGAACAGGUCCAUCUUCAGUAUCAGCUCACAGUCCUGCUCACCCCCGCGUGACCCCUUCCUCACUUCUUCCUCCCCCUGCGCCGUUAUGCAGCCGUCAGUCAAACUGCUGCGCCUUAAUUCUGCGCUCAGACGGAAUACUUUCUAUCCUGGACGCCAGUGGCCAGACUUAACCUGGCAGCGUUCCACUCGUGGAAGUUCGCCGCCUCCCCCUCUUUGCGCACUUGCUCUCGUCCCUUACAGAUCUGACAAGAUAAAGCUGCAAAGGCCUGAUGUGGUGAUCCAAAGUUGAUGUUAUUGCUGAUUUUUGUUUGAUUGCUAUGAUCAGAACCAGCUGAUGAUGGAAGACGUAUAUAUGACUGAUGCACUAGUGAUGCCUGUGGAUUAAGAUACUGAACUAGAAGUGUAUUUUAAUCAGUUGCGCUGUGUUAGUAUGUUAUUGUCCUGAAGAUGAGUUGUAGGUUGCCAUGUUUAAUGAACAAUAGAAGAAUUGUAAGCUGGUAUAAUAAGUGCAAUUGGAUACUAAACACUGAAUCAUGACACUUGAUUGUCUGUACAUUAAUAUACCAAUAAAAAUGUCAAAAACAUUACAGUGUCAAAUAUCAUAACCCAUCAAAGAUAUGACGUUUUGUGUGUUUGAGACAUUUAUUUUAACUUCUUUACAAUAAAUGUAAAACAAA